UAAAAGUGUAUAUAAGAAUAUACGAUAUUACAAACAAUAGAAGUGUUUUAUUAACAAAUAGCAAUCACCACAAUUGGCGACGAGGACUAAUUAAGAAAAUUACCAAAAAUGGCAAACAUCUCUCCUCUUGAAGCAUUUGAUUGUGAUGGAGAUGCAGGAUCAGUAGGACUAAGAUGGCAAAGGUGGAAACGAGCAUUAGGUUUAUACUUGGAGGCUGCAAAUAUUUCCGAGCCAAAGAAAAAGAAAGCAACGCUUUUACAUUUUGGAGGACUGGGUAUGCAAGAGAUUUUCUAUAACCUUCCUGGGGCAAAUAUAGAUGAAGACCCUACCAGUGAAAGCUUAGACAUUUUUAAAGUGGCAUUAGAAAAGCUUGAUGAGUACUUUUCACCUAAGCAAAGCAGGGUGUACGAGAGACAUAUGUUUCGACUAAUUAAGCAAGACAAAGAAGAAAAAUUCGAAAAGUUCCUGGUGAGGUUAAGAAAGCAAGCCGACAACUGUCAGUUUGCAAAUGUCGACGAGCAACUUAUAGACCAGAUCACAGAAAAAUGCACAUCUAUAGAACUGAGGAAAAAAAUCCUAGCUAUGGGCGAUGCUGUCACGCUGACACAAAUAGUUAUGGAAGCCAAUUCAUUGGAGACCAUCGAGAGGCAACUAUCGGAGUUUAGAGAAAAACAACCAGGCAGUUCAUUAUCAUUACCUACGGUUAACGAAGUGUCAUACAAGCAAAAUCUUAAAGGGAAAAGAAAAGAUUUAAACGCAAAAUCGUGCUCCAGAUGUGGUUCCAAAGACGCUAGCCAUAACGCCUGUCCGGCAUUAAACGUCAUCUGCCAUAAAUGCAAAUUUAAGGGGCACUAUGAAAAAUACUGCAAAUCAACAAGAAUAUUCCGUCCUACUAAUAAGUCAGCUACAACAGGACCACCAAAGAAGAAAUUCAAACCUGGACAAAAUGAUAGGGCUGUUCACAAUGUAUCAGAUGCAGCCGACGACACCGAAUACGUAUUUCAUCUAGAUGGCGACGAAGAUACAGUCACCUGUGAAGUAGGCGGUGUUAAUGUUGACAUGCUUAUUGAUUCGGGAAAUUUCAUUAAACAAGAUGAGAAAUACCUGUUCUAAAGAUGGGGGUGAAGGUUGUUAAUUAUCCUAUUAUUAUUAUGAGUUUUCUAGAUAAUAUGUGUUACCAUUAU